GUCGCUAGUAAAGUAUUUGCUACGUCCAAUGUUGUAGCUAGACUGUUAGCAUAAUGACUGCGUAUACAUGUCCUACUACUGGUUUGGUGGCAAGAGUGGUAAAGGAAUACUCUAAAGAGUACAUAUACAUACAUUAUAAUAUACAUGUAAGGGGAGAACCGCUUUGAUAUACUAAGUAAUUUACGUCCUUUCCGACAGCAUAUUUAGCUAUAGCUACAUUUGGACUUAGUCAUCCCAGCAUCCUCUUGUAAGUCUGUUGACAUGGAUACUACUGUAUAAUGAUGUUUUACAGAGUGUCCAGGGCCUCCAUCUGAUCUCAGAGUGUCAAAUGUGACCAACACAUCAGCCGUCCUCUCCUGGUCUCCUCCUAAUAAUGAUGGAGGGAGACCUCUCUAUGAGAUAGUCUACACCAUCUCUGCCACUGACAGAGGAGGAAGUGGUGGAGAGAGAGUGCUGGUGAGUGAGGUGAAUGAUACAGAGACCAUUGUGACUGGACUGACUCCUGGUGUCCUCUACACAUUCUCUGUAUCUGCUGAGAAUGAUGUCUCCUCUCAGGACAACAAUAUCAAUGCCAGGAGUCUCAGUACCACGGCCAACACUCAGGAAGGAGUUGGAGGGACAGUGACAGAGUUGUGGUGGGAGGGAAUGGAGUGCUGAGCUGGUCUUCUCCAGUUCCUCCCAAUGGAGUCAUUCUCUACUACAAUGUCAUCAUAUCCACAGCUGACUCUGGGCAACUGGUCACCAGAAUUGAGGAGUUGGACGUCUUGAGUAUUGAUGUCUCCAACUAUGGGGAGAUCAACAUGGACUACAAUGUUACUGUGCAGGCAGUGACGUCAGUUGGAGGAGGGGAUUUUUCAUCUCCAGUGACAGUAUCUCUGAGAGAGCCGUCACCUGACUCCAACUCUGGGUCCAACUCUAAUGAAGCAGGUGUCAUUGCUGGUGCAGUUGUGGCCGUCACUCUCACUCUUGGUCUCAUUGUGACUGCUCAAUGUGCCUAUAUCUGCUGGUAUGACAAAGCUGAAAAAAAGAAAUAAUAUAGAACAGAUAUCCUCUUCUGGUAUAAAAAAACCUGAUGUGCCGGGUCCACCGAUGGAACUAUCACAGCAAAUUUCUGAGGAUGGGAUGGAGAUUAUGGAGCGCAACAAAGCAUAUGGCAUGUACGAUGUACCCGGACAUAAAAAUGUGAGAGUUCAAGUUCCUGUGCAUCCCAAUGAAGCAUAUUCAGUGUGUAAGGGUGGCACACACGAAGACCCAGUGUAUGAACUGGUUAAUUAGACUACAACUGUUUUUGAAGACCUUGUAUUAUUAUACAGCUUGCAUAUGUUUUACAAAUGUAAUUUUGUACGUAGUUCUUAUAUAUCAAGAAAGUGUGUCUGUCAGGCUCCUGUUAUAAUCUACAUAUGUAACAUUAUGAUGUGAAUCAA